AAGACCGUGAGCGUCAUGGAUUCGUUCGUCAAGGACAUCUUCGAGCACAUCGCCGACGAGGCCUCUCGCCUGGCCCGCUCCACCAAGCGCGCCACCAUCACCUCCAGGGAGAUCCAGACAGCCGUGCGCCUGCUGCUGCCCGGGGAGAUUGGCAAGCACGCCGUGUCCGGGGCCACCAAGGCCAUCAUCAGGUACACCUUCCGCCACCUCUCGCAGAAGACCGUGAGCAUCUUGGAUUCGUUCGUUAAGGACAUCUUCGAGCGCAUCGCCGACGAAGCCUCUCGCCUGGCCCGCUUCACCAAGUGCUCCACCAUCACCACCAGGGAGAUCCAGACAGCCGUGCGCCUGCUGCUGCCCGGGGAGAUUGGCAAGCACGCCGAGUCCGAGGCCACCAAAGCCAUCAUCAGGUACACCGUCUGCCGAUGAGCUGCCUCCAGACCACCUGACCACCUUGCAAACCAAAGGCUCUUUUCAGAGCCACCUCACUUGGCGGGAAAAGGCCUGUAGGCUUUAAAAAGUGGGACAAACUCUAGAGUUUUUGUUCUCGUUGUGGCAUUCUGUGGAUAUUUAAAGUAGUUUUACUUUGAACCAAACAUGAUCGGCACUGCUUUCAUCUAUAUUUGCGUGCAGUUUUUCCUUUGGACAACUGUGGACUCUGCUUAACCAUGCCGCUUUUCUUGGCUUUCCUACGCGGUCAUUUCUGUUCGAUGUUUCUGUAGGUCCGCCAUAAUGGGGGUUAUUUUUGUUAUAAUGAUGUUUACCUUUUUCUCUCUCAUUCUCUCAUGAGCGUGUGGUGAAUUUUCCAGAGGUUCGUUAUGGGUGAUAUGGCAACAGAUAAAGUGCAGAAGCUGAAAUCAGAAUCCGUCUGACUUCUGUUAGGCGGGUUAUUGAAGGGAUUUUUAAGUAUCUGAAGCAACGUCAAUAUCCUUUAUGCUCUUAUAGAAAAGAUAUUUUUCAUAUGCAUUUGAAAUUUAUGUUAACGUGAUAUAAUGGGUUCCUAGUACAAUUUUUAAGUGGAUUCUGGAAUACAU